AUGGAGAUUUGGAAUCAAACUUCAAAUGAUUUUAUUUUGUUGGGGUUGUUUCCUCAAAACCAAACUGGCCUACUUCUCUCACUCCUGAUCAUCUUUGUGUUCGUUCUCGCCUGUUUGGGGAACUCAGGAAUGAUUGGCCUCAUCUUGUUGGACCCCCGGCUUCAUACCCCCAUGUACUUUCUCCUGAGCCAGCUCUCCCUCAUGGACCUGAUGUACAUCUCCACCACCGUCCCCAAGAUGGCAUACAACUUCUUCUCUGGUCAGAAAAGCAUUUCCUUCUUAAGUUGUGGUGUACAAAGCUUCUUCUUUGUGACCAUGGCAAGUUCUGAAGGCUUACUACUGGCUGCCAUGGCCUAUGACCGCUUUGUGGCCAUCUGCCACCCCCUCCAUUAUCACAUCCAUAUGAGCAAAAAAAUGUGUGUGAAGAUGAUCAUGGGGUCCUGGGCACUGGGUUCCCUCAAUGGCCUAUUACACUCAGUGUAUACACUUCAUCUUCCAUACUGCAGGUCCAGGGCCAUUGGUCACUUCUUCUGUGACAUCCCAGCCAUGAUGCUUCUUGUCUGUACAGACACUUGGGCCUAUGAGUACAUGAUUAUUUUUAGUGCAGUAGUGGUUCUUCUCCUUCCUUUCCUUGGUAUCACUACCUCCUAUGGACGGGUCCUUUUUGCUGUUUUCCACAUGCGUUCAAAAGAGGGAAAAAGGAAGGCCUUCGCCACAUGCUCCACACAUCUAACUGUGGUGACAUUUUACUAUGCACCUUUUGUCUACACUUAUCUCCGGCCCAAGAGUCUCCGCUCACCAGCAGAGGAUAAGAACCUGGCUGUCUUCUACACCAUCCUCACCCCUAUGCUCAAUCCCAUCAUCUACAGCCUAAGGAACAAGGAGGUCCUGGGGGCCAUGAGAAGAGUGUAUGGGAUGUUUAAACGCAGGAAGUAA